AUGAAGCAGCUGUGUCUGUGCGCAGCCGCCUCCUUCGCGCUGCGGCUCAGCCCCACUGACCUUGGCUCCUGCCCGCCCUGCGGCCCCUGCCCCAUCCCGAAGCCGGCAGCCAGAGGCAGGCGCCAGAGUCAAGACUGGGGCAAGAGUGACGAGAGGCUGCUACAAGCUGUGGAAAACAACGAUGCACCUCGGGUGGCCACCCUCAUCGCCCGCAAGGGACUGGUGCCCACGAAGCUAGACCCCGAGGGCAAGUCCGCGUUCCACCUGGCAGCCAUGCGGGGUGCGGCCAGCUGUCUGGAGGUGAUGAUAGCUCAUGGUGCCAAUGUCAUGAGCACGGACGGGGCAGGUUACAAUGCCCUCCACCUGGCCGCCAAAUACGGGCACCCACAGUGCUUGAAGCAACUACUGCAGAACUCUAUGUCCAGCCAUGGAAAGCAGGGGGCCCCCAAGAAGCGGAAGGCGCCUCCACCUCCUGCCAGCAUCCCCAUGCCGGCCCCAUCUAAAGGCCGCGGGCGGGGAGGGGAACAGGAUGAUCGAGAUGCCUAUGAGGAGAUCGUGAGGCUGCGCCAGGAGAGGGGCCGCCUCCUGCAGAAGAUCCGGGGCCUGGAACAGCACAAGGAACGGAGGCAGCAGGAGACACCCGACAACCUUUUCUCUUUUGCAGUGGCUGGUGGCUGUCUCUCCUGUUCAGAGGUGCUGUGCUCCUUUAAGGCACAUCUAAACCCCCAAGAUCGGUCAGGUGCAACACCCCUCAUUAUAGCAGCUCAGAUGUGUCACACAGACCUGUGCCGUCUCCUGCUGCAGCAAGGAGCUGCCGCGAAUGAUCAGGACCUGCAAGGCAGGACGGCCCUGAUGCUGGCCUGUGAGGGGGCCAGCCCGGAAACAGUGGAAGUCCUGCUGCAGGGCGGAGCCCAGCCGGGCAUCACCGAUGCGCUGGGGCAGGACGCGGCUCACUAUGGCGCGCUGGCGGGGGACAAGCUCAUCCUGAACCUUCUGCAAGAGGCGGCCCAGCGCCCCUCCCCACCCAGCGAUCCAACCCCCUGUCCCUGCUUCUCCCAUCAGUCCCCGGAGGCCAGCUCCCUGCACAGCCUGGAGAGACAGGUGCAAGAGCUGCAGCAGCUGCUGGUGGAGAGACAGGAGGAGAAGGAGAGCCUGGGACGGGAGGUGGAGAGUUUGCAGAGCCGGCUGUCCCUGCUGGAGAACGAGCGGGAGAAUACUAGCUAUGAUGUGACCACUCUGCAGGAUGAGGAGGGUGAGCUGCCUGACUUUCCAGGGGCCGAGGCGCUGCUGUCCAGGCAACUCAGCCCGUCGGCCCAGGAACGCCUGGCCUCACUGCAGGAACAGGUGGCUGUGCUCACCAGACAGAACCAGGAACUGAUGGAGAAGGUCCAGAUCCUGGAGAACUUUGAGAAGGAUGAGACACAGAUGGAGGUGGAAGCUUCAGCAGAGGUCAUCCCUCUUGCCCUCUAUGACUCUCUCCGGGCUGAGUUUGACCAGCUGCGCAGGCAGCACGCUGAGGCCCUGCAGGCACUGAGGCAGCAGGAGACACGAGAGGUCCCCAGAGAAGAGAGGGCGGCCUGUGGGGAGAGUGAGGGUUUUGGAGCCACAGCCACCAAAAACGGGCCAACCCACAUGGAGCUAAAUGGCUCAGUGGCUCCAGAAACCAAAGUUAAUGGAGCUGAGACCACAGAUGAGAAGGCUGCAGGAGAUGAAACCAUGGAAGCCAGGACUAUGGAAGCCACGUCCACGGCAGCUGAGGCCACGGGAGCCACGGCCACAGAGACAAAACCCACAGGGGCUGAGGUCAGAGAAAUGGAGACUGUAGAAGAGGAAGCAAACAUGGAAACUAAGCCCACAGGAGUGCAGACCACAGACACAGAGGCCACAGGAGUGGAGGCCAUGGGAGUGGAGGCCACAAAAACAAAAGCAGAGGAAGCAGAAGUGCUGGCCUGCAGAGCGGGUGCUGGGCAACCAGAGCCCCCAGUCACAGGGACCACAAACAUGGAGGCCACAGGCUCUAGGGCCACGGGGGUAGAAGCCACAAGAUUCAGUGCCACAGGUGUAGAGAACCCGGGGGUAGAGGCCAUGGCCCUGGGGGUCUCUGCUGGCCCUGUCCUACAUCCUGGUGCUGCAGAGGCCUCGGAAAAGCUUCAAGUAGAGCUGGAGACCAGGAUUCGCGGCUUGGAGGAGGCGCUCCGGCAGCGGGAGCGGGAGGCAGCUGCGGAGCUGGAGGCAGCCCUGGGGAAAUUCUUUAGUGUCCUGAGAGUCACGCGUGGGCUUGGGCCGCAGGUGCAGCGUGAGGCCCUGUUCAUGAAGAGUGAGCGACACGCCGCCGAGGCGCAGCUGGCCACAGCAGAGCAGCAGCUACGGGGGCUGCGGACCGAGGCGGAAAGGGCUCGCCAGGCCCAGAGCCGGGCCCAGGAGGCUCUGGACAAGGCCAAGGAGAAGGACAAGAAGAUCACAGAACUCUCCAAAGAAGUCUUCAGUCUUAAGGAGGCCUUGAAGGAGCAGCCGGCCGCCCUGGCCACCCCCGAGGUGGAGGCCCUCCGUGACCAGGUGAAGGAUUUACAGCAGCAGCUGCAGGAAGCUGCCAGGGACCACUCCAGCGUGGUGGCUUUGUACAGAAGCCACCUCCUCUACGCCAUUCAGGGCCAGAUGGAUGAAGAUGUGCAGCAGAUUCUCAGCCAGAUUCUACAGAUGCAGAGACUCCAGGCUCAGGGCCGCUGAGAAAGGCCAGGCCCAGUGGCUACACUGACCACACCCACGCAGGGGCCUCACGCCCCUGCAGGCCCCUUGCAGACUGGCUUCACUUGACCCCAUCCGGACCCAUGCACUUGGAGACCAGCCUGGGUCCCUGCCCGACCGUCCCCAGCUGGCUCCAUCGCCCCACCUGGUCUCUGCACGCAGGCACUGGUCAGUCUGGACCCGGGGCGUGACGGCCCCUCCCCCACCACCGGAGACUCUGUGAGUCCCUGUGUCCUCCACAUCCAGACGCCAGCCCAGGAAUAAAGGCAUUCUGUGCACAGG